UAUUUAUUCUCCUUUUGUUAGCUUAGUCUGCUUUGUCAAACUCUCUUGUUUAUUUCAUAAUGACAACAUCUUAAUAGUCAUUGAUUAUACACGUGCACUAAGUACUUUUUCUUCUUGUUUUAGACUGCUCCAACAUACUUGGCCAAGCUGCUUUUGCAGAUGCCUCAAAACAAACCCACAAAGUUCAUGGAUUCAGCCAUCUUCAUGCUGCAUAACUACGCAUCCAGUCAGAGAGAGGAAUCUCUGCUGUUGCGGCUGUUGCAAACAGCAUUGCAGGAAGAGAUCAAUUUUGAGAUGCGCUCUUUCAACCGUGGUGCCCGUGGUCAGAACGCACUGAGGCAGAUCUUGGCCCCCGUUGUGAAGGAAAUAAUUGAGGACGAAUCGCUCAACGUCAGAACGGAUCCGGUGGAUAUUUACAAGUCCUGGGUUAACCAGAUGGGAUGUCAGAAUGGUGAGGCCGGGAAGAAAAGCUUGAUGUCUGUGCCAAGGGAGACGUACACCGCACUUGCGCUGCCUGGACGAUGUGGAAACUGGAAAUUCUGGGGUGUGCUGAAGCGUGCCCUCUCAGCUUUCGCUCGUGGAAGAACAGAGCAAAGUGACAAGAAACAGCUGCGAGUUCAAGGAAUUGUCUACCUUGUUCUGAUCUCCUGCCAGUUCCAGCUUGUCGUGCCUGCUGUGAUGGGCGUCGCGUGCAGCGAGAUCAGCUGUGGGCCUGACAUGACACGGAUGGAGGCUGAGAACAACGGGAAGCCCCUGCUGGUCCGUGAGGAGUCAUCUCUUAAUAUCCCAGCUAUUGCUGCUGCCCACGUUAUUAAGAGAUACGUUGCCCAGGCACCGGGUGAACUCUCCUUGGAGGUGGGAGACCUCGUGUGCGUCAUCGAUAUGCCGCCUCAGGAGCUGAGCCCCCGCUGGAGAGGCAAGCACGGCUUUCAGGUUGGAUUUUUCCCUGGGGAGUGUGUGGAGCUCAUUAACGGAAAAAUCCCGGAGUCUCUCAUCAAUUCAGUGCCAAAGCCAGUGCCAAAGAAGCGCGGCAAGCUCCUCACCUUCCUUCGUUCCGUGGUGAAGGCCCGCCCAAAGCAACGGAAAGAACGGGAGGUGGAGAAGGAGAGGGUGUUCGGCCGUGACCUGGGAGAGCAUCUUCUCCACUCUGGUCGUGAUGUCCCCCAGGUCCUCCAGAGCUGCGCCGAGUUCAUCGAGCAGCAUGGCGUGGUGCAGGGGAUAUACCGCCUGUCCGGCGUGGCGUCCAACGUCCAGAGACUGCGCCAGGAAUUUGAGUCUGAGCAGGUUCCUGAGCUAACCGUCCGCGACGUUCACAGCGCGAGCUCCCUCUGCAAAAUGUACUUCAGGGAGCUCCCAAACCCCCUGCUGACCGACCAGCUGUACGACAAGUUCUCGGAUGCUGUUGGUGCCACUACGGAGGAGGAGCGGCUGGUCAGAAUGCGGGACGUCAUCCAGCAGCUGCCCGCUCCUCACUACAGGACCCUGGCGUAUCUGAUGAGACACUUGGCCUGUCUGGCUGGGCACUGCUCCACCACAAACAUGCAUGCGAAGAACUUAGCGAUUGUGUGGGCUCCAAACCUCUUAAGAUCACAGCAGAGCGAGUCUGCCUGCGCCAGCGGGAGAGCUGCCUGCACGGAACUGCAGAUGCAGUCGUCUGUGGUGGAAUUCAUCAUCGACCACACAGACAUCCUCUUCUGCUCC